AUGAGUGGGGUACUUUUCGGUCUUCGAAUUUCACCUACUGAACUUUUGGCGAGAAGGGACAAGAAUACUCAGCUAUCCAAGGGGAAGAUGGGAAAGGAUAACAGGAUAUAUCGCCCGCAGAAGACUUCGGCCGGGGAAAAGAACAACCUCGCGAGCGUGGCGGAGACGGCUAGGCGUCAUUUGAAAGCUAGACGUGAGGAUAUUUCGGACAUAAAGAAUGGCAAAGAACCAAAGAGUGAUUUCUUGAACUGGCUGCGGAAAAAUGAGAAAUCAGGUCGGGUUACGAAACCCAGGAUGAGCAAGAGGGGCGCAAAAAUCUCAUAUGACCGGAAGAUGCGGAAUUCAACUGACAGUCUUAGCGGAAUGCCUAUUGAGGAUAUCGACAUGGUAAUGGCCUUCCGGGUUCUGGACGCUCAAGAGCACAAUCGGGCUAUCAAUCAGAUGGAUCAAUCAGGACUUGUUGAUAUGAUGGAGUCAUUUUCUUUCCCGGAAGAUGUGGCAGAUGAGGAUGAGAUGUGUUAUGAAAUUAAUAAUGAGGUUGCGCUUGGAUCCGAACUGCCGAUGGACAUUUCAGAUACCUAG